AUGACAACAGCUAUCAUCCAAGACUUUGGCUUCUGUCAUUACUAUCAGUGGAUUGCUAUUAUACUAUCCAAAGGGACUUGCCACUUUUUUGCUCUAUCCCCCUUUGGUGACAAUGCCAGCUUUCAAACUCUUGUUUCUCUUGGCAAAUGUCUAUUCCCGUAUCCCAUUGUAUCUCUACCAUGGCAGUCUACUUCAUCUUUCAUCCUAAACCAGCAAUCUUCUUCACCUCGGCACCCUGUUACCUUUUAUGUGGAUGUUCACUUGGAGGUUAAUUCCUUGGAGCAUUUGUUAGUUUAUACUCCAUCAGGCUAUUUGAUUAAACCUGAGCUUCUGCUAUCAAUUGAGGCAGAGCUAAAUGAGAGUGAUCUAGCAACUCAGUCUGGCUCAUAUGUACAUUGGCAAGAUGAGGAGUAA